CAAGCGGCUGCGGUCUCUCAAGCCUAUCAAGACUAGCUUUCAGGAAGUACGUAUCCGGAAGGGGCGGGCUUUGUGAAGAUGGCGGCGCCGGAGGUGUUGGAGUCAGACCUGCCAAAUGCCGUGGCCCUUUUGAAAAAUCUGCAGGAGCAGGUGAUGGCUGUCACCACACAAGUGCAAGCUCUGACCAAAAAAGUUCAAGCUAAAGCCUAUCCUACAGAGAAGGGUCUCAGCCUUUUGGAAGUGAAAGAUCAGUUGUUGCUCAUGUACCUGAUGGAUCUGAGUCAUCUCAUCCUGGACAAAUCCUCAGGAAGGUCUCUUCAGGGACAUGCUGCAGUUUUGAGACUGGUGGAGAUUCGCACGGUUUUGGAAAAGCUUCGUCCUUUGGACCAAAAACUGAAGUAUCAAAUUGACAAACUGGUCAAGACUGCAGUGACAGGCAGCCUCAGUGAGAAUGAUCCACUCCAUUUUAAGCCUCAUCCCAGCAACAUGAUGAGCAAGUUGAGCUCUGAGGAUGAGGAAGAAGAUGAAGCAGAGGAAGGCCAGUCUGGGGCCUCAGGGAAGAAAUCUGGAAAAGGGACAGCUAAGAAAUACGUUCCUCCACGCUUGGUUCCAGUGCAUUAUGAUGAAACAGAAGCUGAGCGGGAGAAGAAGCGCCUAGAACGAGCCAAGAGACGGGCAUUGAGCAGCUCUGUCAUCCGGGAACUAAAGGAGCAGUACUCAGAUGCUCCAGAGGAAAUCCGUGAUGCUCGGCACCCUCACGUUACUCGCCAGAGCCAGGAGGAUCAACACAGGAUUAACUAUGAGGAGAGCAUGAUGGUGCGCUUAAGUGUCAGUAAACGGGAGAAAGGACGACGAAAACGAGCAAAUAUCAUGAGCUCCCAGCUUCAUUCCCUCACGCACUUCAGUGACAUUAGUGCUUUGACAGGAGGAACCCCUCAUCUUGACGAGGAUCAGAAUCCUUCUAAGAAGCGGAAGAAGAUACCUAAGAAAGGUCGGAAGAAGAAAGGUCAGUCAGUGGUUUGGGUGAUCAAGUGCAGGAUGGGGUUUAAGAAUUGGGAUGCCAGCUUUGGAUUUGCCAUCCUGGGUCUUACCAUUCCCUAUAGUAUCUCUUCCAUACUGGGCAUUAAUCUCUUUAGUGGUGGGCCUUUAUUUUUUUCUUUGCCAAGCUGAGAAUCAGCAUCAUUCACAAAAGAGAUUCCUGGAUUCUGUCUCUUAAGGUCUCACAACUCCUGUUCAGUCUUCCUUAAACUAUCAAAAUGUCACUAGAAGGAAACAUCGCAUUUCAGUUUCGUUCCUCCUGUUUGUCUUUUGUCCUGGGAGGAUGUAGAGUAUUGGCAAGGGUUCCCACUCCUGUUGAGCCCUUCUCUCUAGAUGUCCUUUUUUUCCUCUCCCUUCAGGCUUUUCUGACUGUCCUUUGCCUCAUUUUUGGUUUCCUUU